AUGUUGAAGAACUGUCCGAAGCGCAAAGAUAAAGGGAAAAAGAGAGUUGAUGAGUUCUCUUAUGAAGCAAAUGUUGCUAGUCAAGGGGAGUGUUCUGAUGAUGCCGAGAGUGCUCUAGCAGUGUCCACCAGUAAGUCAGGUGAUGAGAAGACAGUCAUCCGAGUACGAAGUGAGUCGACUGUCAAGGAAUUCUAUGGAUUUAGAGGUUCACCUCUGCCCAACCACAAUUCAAGUGGUAAGACAAAACGGUUCCACAUAGCCCUCCUCCUUAGCACAGUUUUGGAAGAGGAUGUGUUCAACCUAGAAAGCGUCUUGUACCCCAUACCACCUACCCUACAAAAGUCAUUCUGGAGACAACGCAUGGACACAGGGGAGAAAUCCACCGACCCGACCAAGAAUCGCUUGGAAGUGGAAGCCAAGGAAGUUUGCAAGGCCGUUAAGGAUGGCAACAAGAUGCACAACCUAACUAGUGGCCCCGUAACACCUUGUAUCAUCAAAGAGCGCGUUAUCAAUAAGCACCACCCCAUCAUCCCAACACAACCAAAUACCCCCCGCAUAACCUACAGGAUCAACAAUGCAGGUUUUGGGAAAUUUCAGUUUCGGAAUCUAAAUCAAUUUCGAGAAAAAAUCUUUCUGUCUCCAAUUUUCAGUGCAAUUGGUAUUUGGGUAAGGGCGUUUAGACGCGCUCGAGUCUUGUUCAGUAGUGCGAAAUACGUCAGCUACGGAGAUGGAUAA